CGCUGGUUCCUUGAGCCACGCAUGGGGGCUUGGCACUGAGGACGUCCGCUCCCCUCCCGGGCCCCUGGGCGCGUCCCCCAAAGAGCCAUGCCGGGUCGCCCCGGAGGACCCUAGAGUUGAGUUGCGGGGGGCCAUGGCGGCCGCCAGCGGCUACACGGACCUGCGUGAGAAGCUCAAGUCCAUGACGUCCCGGGACAACUACAAGGCGGGCAGCCGGGAGGCCGCCGCGGCUGCAGCCGCCGCCGUGGCCGCCGCCGCGGCUGCCGCGGCCGCCGCCGAGCCUUACCCGGUGUCCGGGACCACCAAACGGAAGUACCAGGAGGACUCGGACCCAGAACGCAGCGACUACGAGGAGCAGCAGUCGCAGAAGGAGGAGGAGGCGCGCAAGGUGAAAAGCGGCAUCCGGCAGAUCCGACUCUUCAGCCAGGACGAGUGCUCCAAGAUCGAGGCCCGCAUCGACGAGGUGGUGUCCCGCGCCGAGAAGGGCCUGUACAACGAGCAUACCGUGGACCGGGCCCCCUUGCGCAACAAGUACUUCUUCGGGGAGGGCUACACGUACGGCGCCCAGCUGCAAAAGCGCGGGCCGGGCCAGGAGCGCCUCUACCCGCCGGGCGACGUCGAUGAGAUCCCCGAAUGGGUGCAUCAGCUGGUGAUCCAGAAGCUGGUGGAGCACCGCGUCAUCCCGGAGGGCUUCGUCAACAGCGCAGUCAUCAACGACUACCAGCCCGGCGGCUGCAUCGUCUCUCACGUCGACCCCAUCCACAUCUUCGAGCGCCCGAUCGUGUCCGUGUCUUUCUUUAGCGACUCGGCACUUUGCUUCGGCUGCAAGUUCCAGUUCAAGCCCAUCCGGGUGUCGGAACCUGUACUUUCUCUGCCGGUGCGCAGAGGGAGUGUGACUGUGCUCAGUGGGUAUGCUGCUGAUGAAAUCACUCACUGCAUACGGCCUCAGGACAUUAAGGAACGCAGGGCGGUCAUCAUUCUCAGGAAGACAAGAUUAGAUGCACCGCGGUUGGAAACAAAGUCGUUGAGCAGCUCCACAUUGCCACCCAACUAUACUUCAGAUCGCUUGUCAGGAAACAACAGAGACCCUGCGCUGAAACCCAAAAGGUCCCACCGAAAGGCAGACCCUGAUGCUGCCCACAGGCCCCGUAUCCUGGAGAUGGACAAAGAAGAAAAUCGGAGGUCUGUGCUUCUGCCCUCACACAGGCGGAGGGGGAGCUUUAGCUCUGAGAACUAUUGGCGCAAGUCCUAUGAGUCCUCAGAAGAUUGCCCAGAGGCAGCCAGCAGCCCCACCCGCAAGGUGAAGAUGCGAAGACACUGAGGCCGCAUGCCCUUCUGGGACUCUGGCUAAUCCUGAUGUAGCUGCCCCAUCUUCUGUUUUGUUUGAGUGUUUUUCUUUGUUUGUUUGUUAUUUUGGUCCUAUAUACGUUUUCCUUGCUUUGUUACCCAUUAAGGCUAAAGAACAGAAUUGGCAAAAAAUUGAGUUCUUAUGUUCUUGGCUUUCCUCCUUGAUGGGAAAGGCUGUAAGCUUCUGUAGGGGAAAGCUCUUAGCAGAGUAGCCAGUAGAGACAGUGAGGACACCUGUCUUCAAGUGGAACUUCAUCAGGCUAAGGCUAUUUAAACACACUAAAUGUUCUGGUUAAGGAAUUCUUGUUUGGGCUUUAAAUGUAAAUCUUUGCAGUGUUUUAAACAGUCUUUUCUUUUGCCAGCCUUUUCUUCCACUGAUGCUCAUGCUUGGAUGAGGUCUCUUGGAGUUACACAGGCCCUGCAUUGGGCCUGCUGCCCCAACAUCUCACCUGCUGUCCAGGCUCUGGGAGCUCAUGCAAAUGCCCUAUUCCCCACUAUUCAGGUGGGCUGGGUAUGGGGCUUAAACAGUGCCAGCCCCUGCCAUCCCAUAUCUGAGUCCCCAGGCUUACUGCAUGCCCUCUGGCUUGUUCUGCCCACCAGUCCUGGGUGGUCAAGGGACUAGCACAGUGGUCCUGACCUCUUUUGCCAAGAGCAUGCCUAUUUGCUGGGUUGCUCCUUUUAGCCAUGUGAGUGUGGUUGUAUGGAGCAGUUAGACUUGCUGCAGUGGGUCAUUUGUAGGAAUUGUUUCUAGCUAGAGGAACUGAUUUGCUUCCA